AUGUCUCCAAAAAUAGAUUUAUUAGAAUUGGCUCAUCUUCAUUUUAUUCCAAAACCACAUAAACCCGAUACACCAUUACGACCAAUUGUAGCAGCUAUUCAUGCAUCAGCAACAGAAAUAUCCAAAUUUCUUAAUGAUGUAUUAGCACCUAUAUUUCUACGUGUUGCUCGACAAACUACAUUUAUUAAUGGUAUUGAUCUUGUUCGAGCAUUAGAAAAAUAUGCUGCCAAUGGCCAUUUAAAACCAACCACUUUGUUUAUUACUUUUGAUGUUGAAAAUCUUUAUACAAUGAU